AUGACAAUAGGCAUGUCUCGACAAAGCUGUACCGACGACGACAUUGUCGACGGUCUGUUGGGCGCCGCGGGCCGCCUCUGUGACGAACCGCGCAUACGAGCCCUGUGCGUAGACGCUCGGCGCACGUUUCUCCGACAACCCAUGUUGCUGCGGUUGCAGGCACCCAUAAAAGUGGUCGGUGACUUGCACGGUCAGUUCGGCGAUCUGCUCCGGUUGUUUGACGUGGCCGGACGACCGCCGAAAGCCGACUUCCUGUUCCUGGGCGAUUUUGUGGACCGCGGCCCUCAGUCCGUCGAAGUGAUCACUCUACUGUUGGCGCUCAAGACUCGGUACCCGGAAAACGUUUAUCUGCUCCGCGGGAACCACGAGUGCCGUACCGUGAACAUCCGGUACGGGUUCUACCGCGAGUGCCGGUCCAGGUACGGCCUGCUCACAGGCGCCCGGCUGUGGCGAGCGUUCAACCGGACGUUYGACUGCAUGCCGGUGGCCGCUGUCAUCGGCGGCCUUAUAUUCUGCACGCACGGYGGCCUCAGCCCGGAUCUGCACCAUAUGGCUCAGAUCGACCGGAUCCGGAGGCCCGCCACGGUGCCCAAACGCGGUGUGCUGUGCGACCUGCUGUGGUCCGAUCCGGCCGAGGGACCGAUCCAGGGUUGGCGCAAGAACGUUCGGCGGAACGUGUCGUACGUGUUCGGCGCCGAUCGAGUGGCCGAUUUCCUGUCCAGAUUCAGGUUCCGGUUGGUGGUCAGGGCUCAUCAGGUACCUGCAGUAGCUAUACGUCAAUUUCGGGUUCACUCGACUCGUGUAUUUGACGAACGUCGCUAA